AUGGCGUACGAUCCACGAGGGGACUACGGUGGUGGUGGAGGUCGGUAUGGCCAGGACGGCGGCCGGUACGGAGGCCAAGAUGGAGGGCGGUUUGGCGGCCAGGACGGCGAAGGGUUUGUCAGAGUUCGGGGACGGCGACCCGUGACCGACUACGGCGCAAGCCUGGUGCAUUGGAUGCGCCACCGACAUCCCAAGUACCGCAAUGCAUACGGCGGCGAGUCCGAACGGCCGAGCGUGAGCUACAUUGUUGACAUGCUCCCACCAGUGGCUCGUAUUACGAAUGCCGCCGACACCGUUCCCACACGCCACCUACACUCGUCUCUCAACAAGAUCAAGCACCCCGUCAACGUCGUGCGCUGGACGCCCGAGGGCCGCCGCCUGCUGACCGCCUCGAGCAGCGGCGAGUUCACGCUCUGGAACGGCACGGGAUUCAACUUUGAGACAAUCAUGCAGGCCCACGACUCGGCCAUCCGCGCGCUCGCGUACUCGUACAGCGACGACUGGCUCAUUUCGGCCGACCACGACGGCAACAUCAAGUACUGGCAGCCCAACUUCAACAACGUCGAGAACCUGUCGGCACACACCGACCCCAUCCGCGACCUGGCGUUUGCCCCGACCGACGCCAAGUUUGUCACGGCAUCGGACGACUCCACGCUGAAAAUUUACGACUUUGCCGCCGCGCGGCCCGAGGCGACACUGACCGGCCACGGCUGGGACGCCAAGACGUGCGACUGGCACCCGACCAAGGGCCUGGUGGUGUCGGGCUCCAAAGACCAUCUGGUCAAGCUCUGGGACCCGCGGUCCGGCCGGUGCCUGACGACGCUGCACGGCCACAAAAACACCAUUACGAAAACGUCGUUUGAGCGCGUGCACGGCUGGUGCCUCGCCACGGCGGCGCGCGACCAGACGGCGCGCGUCUUUGACCUGCGCACCAUGCGCGACAUUUGCCUGCUGCGCGGCCACGAAAAGGACGUGUCGACCCUGGCGUGGCACCCGGUCCACGGCAACCUGCUGAGCACGGGGGGCGGCGACGGCGCGCUGUUCCACUACCUGCUCGACGAGCCAAACACGCCGCCGGGCCAGGCCGUCACCGUCGCGCCGUACGACAGCCCAGACCCCUCGACCGCCCCCGCCCAGAGCAUCUACCCGGCACACCGCGUGCCCUACGCGCACGAUUUUGCCAUCUGGUCGCUCGACUGGCACCCGCUGGGCCACAUUCUGGUGUCCGGCUCCAACGACCGCGUCACGCGCUUCUGGACGCGCGCGCGGCCGGGCGAAGAUGUGUCGCGCGACCGGUACCACAUUGGCGAGGCCGCCGCCGAGGCGCAGGGUACAUGGGACCGGCGGGGCAACCGGCGGCAGCGGCAGGAAGAGGAGGAGCAGGAGAUGGAGGACGAGGCCGAGGGUCUUGUCGACCAAAAAAUGCCGCUCAAACAGCAGCAGGCGGCCGCCGCCGCCGCCGCCGCCGCAGCAGCAGAAGCUGCAGCACAUGGCGGUGGCGGCGCUGUGCCACCACCACCGAUGCUGCCCGGUCUGUCGCUGCCCGGCCUCGGUGGUGCGACCAGUGGACGUGGCGGUGCUGGUCUGGGCAUGAUCCCGCCGCCGCCGCCGCCGCCGCCGCCGGGCGUCCUGGCCGCGGGUGGUGCGCUGCCACCACUCAUUCCGGGCGUCGACAUGAAGAACCCACCAGAUCCGGCGACAAUGCUGGAGUUGAUGAAAAAGGCCGGCUUCCAGCUGCCGCCGCCCCCACCAGGAAGCCAUUUCCCGCCCAUUCCACCGCCGCCACUGCCAGCAGGCGUAGGUGGCAUGGUCCCGCCGCCACCGCCUCCACCUGGCUUCCAGGGGACCCUGCCAGGGCUGGGUGGUGGCGGCAUUCCUGGCAUUCCUGGUCUGCCGGGUCUCGGUGCCGAGCAGCAGGGCCAGCGAAAUCGUGCACCGCUUCCCAGCCAAGCAGACAGUCUCAGGGAAGAGCAGAAGCGGGGGCAGUACACGCAGCGGCGAUAG